AUGAAAUACCGCGCGGAGGGUAUAAAUAAAGUCCUCGGAAUUGAGUGGCACCACCGGCUUGAUCAUGGGUCGGAUGGUAGAGACUCUGAAGGUGAUAUCCGAGUACCCUGCGAUAUCAUCCAAGUUGGCACCGAAGGGGGCUUCAAGAAGGUCAAGCCCGAAUACUGCAUAGUAUUCGCCGAUGCCCACCGGACGACCAAAAGCCAAACGGAUAGACCUCCAGACGAGGACCUGCACAUAAGCCUGCGCUUUAGUAGCGCAGGAGACCGCGCCCACCGCAUGGGCUACAGUGUCCACGUCUAUGUCGAUCCAGGGACCAGAACCAUCUCCGUCAGCAGACGAAGUGGGGUCACCCGACCCUGGAUAUACCGCAGUCUAUGA